AUGGCGUUGUGUCCCACGGGUGUGCCCACCCUGUAUGUAGUCGUGUGGGAGUGGGAGAAUCGACCUAAUCGUUGGCGUCCCUACACACCCGAAGUGACCCAACUUUUGGAACGAGCUCAUCAGAAGAAGUUGAACAAGAUCUACUUGAAGGACGCCGACCCUCUACUGUCAGAUUACUACAUUAACAUGACCCUAUUUGAGCAAUACUGCGAACCCACGGGUGCCCGAUAUACGGUUCGUCGGGAGUUCUACACGAGCACGUCACCGGCGGGAAAAGGCGCCAAAUGGGAAUGGGGCGGAGAUACCACGUCCGAUUGGCACAUCUACGACAUGGAAGUCCAAGUAGUGAUUGAAGAGGCUUGGGCACGAGGUGACCAGACUAUAGAUAUCUCGAAACAUUUCCCGGGAUGUCCGUAUAUCAUGAACUUUUGCAAUUUAACCCAAGUGAGAGCCAACACGGGCGUGGUUCGACCCAUCCGCCGAGUGCCGCAGCCUUCGUAUCCAAUGGUGAAGCUGACUCAAGCUGAAAUCGCGUCCAUGAUCCACCGAAAAGAGGAACGCCGGAAAGAUAUGCUGGCUGAAAUGGAGCGAAGGAACAAUCACAAUAAUCCGUCCAAGAAGAAGCGAGCCAAAGACAUCCUGGCCACGGAAAAGGGCAAGAAGGCCGUGAAGAACCUCAUGAACACGAUCUUUCACAAGGAUUCCUCCAAGCACGACAAGGAUCGCAAUAGUAAAGGUCAUGGCAUUGAGAACGGGAUCCGACGCAAGUCCAUGUCCUCAAGCAUGCCCUUGUCUAAAUCGCCAGCCCGAUCAGCUCUCUCGGCAUCCAGUCACAAUUUGUCCCGAUUUCCCGGCGACCGUUCCCCAACUUUCUUACAUCCAGGCACGAUCAACCCCACCCAUUAUCGACAGCAUAGUGCGUCUUCGCCGCCUCGACGGUCAGUGAUUGGACACCCAUCGGCCUCGUCAGAGUUCAAUUAUCCCGUGGUGGGGCGUAGAACCUCGGGAAGGCCCGGUGGGAGCCAAUAUUCAGGUCAACACGCCUAUCAAUACCGCCGGAUCCAGGAUUCUUCUUUCUCUUCAUUCUCCGACAACGGAAGUAGUUCCAUUGUCCGACGGCCUUCGGUGGACACCAUAUCCACUUAUUUGAGUCAUGAGUCAGCUUACCAUCCGUCUUACCGGGGCUCGAACAGCGUGAUGGGUCGAAUGUCACACAGGAACUCUUUCUAUGGCGGAUCCUUGGGCUCUCAGGAGCUCUUGGACAUCUACGGGGAUGAGGAUAGCGUCUUCACGGACGAUAGUUACUCCCUUCGCCUGGGUGAUAGUGUGUCCGUGUUCAACAAUGAAGGACGUACAGCCAUGAAUGGGGCUAGACCCAAAAUUCGAAACGCCCUGCCUCCGAUGAGAGGAGCCCAAGUCCCAGCACGACAUCGCGUCCUCAGUGAUCCUUCUCUGGCUCAUCACGGAAAGCUUCCCUCUCCACCUCCUUUCCACCGAUCUCAAACUGACCAAGCGUUUCGUCAUAGUGUUCAUGGGACGAUGAUGGAUCAUGAUGUGCCUGACGAAGACGAUGAUGAUGACGACGUUGUUGAUGACGAUGAGGAGGAAGAGGAAGAGGAUGACAGUGAUCUGUACGUGAACCAAAGUGCUAUACAGACUUCAUUACAAAAUGGCUCUCGAUAUGCUCACCGAUACGAGUAUAUCGGAGAGGCGAGUCCGCCUGGACGAUGGGUCCAACCUUUCCAAGGCCCGGCCACAUCCUCGCAAUUAUCCUUAAAUCAGGGCGGCAGUCGUCGAUCUCUGUUCCAAAGCCAGAAUUCAAUCUUCGGUUCCCAAAGUCAGAGUCGAGACCACUCGUUCUUAAGCGAUCAUCAAUCCUUGUGUCUAAGUCAGAACUCCUUAGGGGCUCACUCCCGAAACCCGAGUGUGUUGUCCCAUAGCAGUGUCCCCAAUUCUCCGUGCAAGAAUGGCACGAUCAAGAAGCGACCCGUUCCAACCCCUAGAACCAUUUUGAAUACCUCCUCAUCCACAAUAUCCCAGUCUCAGACCUCCAAUGGGGACGAGUGUCUAUCCAUGAGCUCGUCUCAAGCCAACGAGACUCACGGGUCCAGCAAGUAUUCGCCCAUCGAUCGGUUGAUUCUGAAAUACGCCCAGUUUGUCAUAGAUCCCAAUGAUCCUUCCGAGGCGUGUCACCUCUGUUCCGUGUCAUUGGAAUUGCCGUCUCCUUGUCAUGAAACGGACCGAUCGGUGGUCUGUCUCACCUUAUGCCAUCACAAGUUCCAUCUUUCGUGUUUGAAGUCUCUGAUCGAGAAUCAAGUGGGUGGAACCACUUACAUCGAAUGUCCUAGUUGUCAUAACGUGGCGGGAGAGCGAUGGGGUUCGAUGCCUGUCAAUGGCACCAUGACCUAUAAGAUCGUGCCGAAAGGUCUACCGGGGUUCGAGGACUACCAUAGCAUACAGAUCACAUACAAUUUCCAGAACGGUAUUCAAGGCCAAGAUCAGCCAGCACCUGGACAGCCCUUCUACGCCAUCGGUUUCCCGAGAAUCGCUUUCUUGCCAGAUACGGAGAAGGGUCGAAGAAUCCUGAAGUUCCUGGAGACAGCCUUCAAUCAUCAGUUGACCUUCACCAUCUCCAAGAACAGAGGGCCCCAUGGGCGUGUGGGACAGCCCGAUUUGCUCGUCUGGAACGAGGCCAUUGAGCACAAGACCGACUUUGGUCCGAGCGACAAAGAUAACUCAUUUCCCGAUCCCGAGUAUUUGGAUCGAGUCUUGUUACAACUGUCCCAUCUAGGCAUUAUUGACACCGAGCACGACGUGUGAUAUAAACGACGAGAUGAAUUAGUAUAAAAAAAAAGAA